UUGAAAUGUCUAAUUAACAUCUCGAGCCGUGUUUGAGAAAUUAUAACGAUUUAAGUGUGGGGAGUGUACUGAGGUAUUAACAGGAAGUCAGAACAGUUUGUGAUGUGUAGCCUCUAUAUUACGAAAGUAGUAGGAAAUUAACUUUAUAGGAAAUUUUGCUUGUUGUACAUGAUUGGUCAGAAGAACAGGGAGACGGAGGUGAGGUAGGAGGGAAAGGCUUUGCACUUGAUUCACAGCCUACAGGGUACAGAUUUGGGGUUUGAAUUUAACUCUGGUGCACUCUCAAAACGAGCGAUGAGUGACAAAGAAGAGCAGGAGGAUGAGCUCUUGGCCCUCACCAGUAUCUAUGACAACGUGUUGAAGGUGCAUAAGGAGGGGGAGCUGAACGGAGGCGAGCUACUAGCACUUCCAGUCCUGCCAAAUGAUUUUAAAAUUAAGGUGGUCAAGAUUAAAAAAGAUAGUGAAAAAGACGGUGCUGGUCAGAUGCUGACAGACUUGCAUCAUGUCAAGUUCCUGCCACCAGUGCUGCUGAACUUCCUGUUGCCAGUGGACUAUCCUUCAAACAGCCCGCCACAGUUCACUCUCUCCUGCAAGUGGCUCAACAGAGAACAGCUGAGCAAACUGUGCUCAAAGCUGGACAGUCUGUGGGAAGAGAGCCGGGGCAGCGUGAUCCUGUUCCAGUGGAACACCUUCCUGCAGGACGAGCUGUUUGACCACCUGCAGCUGUCCUCACCUAUUGAGCUUGCGCACGUUGUUAGCCGCAAGCUGGACUGCCAUCUGGAUCCAAGGGCCAUACAGGAGAUUGCAUCACAGGAUCAACUUCUUCCAGUGAUUCUUGACUACAACAAGCAAGAGCGCCUCAAUCAGUUCGAGAAGUCGAGUUACUCCUGUAAUGUUUGCUUCUGCGAGAAGAGUGGGGCGCACUGUCUGAUGUUUUAUGACUGUGAUCAUGUGUAUUGUAAUGACUGCAUGAGGAAUUACUUCAGUAUUCAGAUAAAGGAUGGCAACGUAAAGGGGCUGGAGUGUCCGCAUGAUGACUGCGAGUCUCAAGCACAUCCUGCUCAGGUGAAGAAACUGGUUCCCCCAGAGCUGUUCACCAAGUACGACCAGCUGUUGUUGCAGACAAGCCUGGAUAUGAUGUCAGACAUCACGUUCUGUCCGCGCCCAACCUGUCAGUGCCCCGUGCUAAUGGAGAGAGAUACGCCCCUGGCAUCAUGCCCUGCCUGCCAGUUUGUCUUCUGCACCCUGUGUAGACUUGUCUACCAUGGUUUGUCACCCUGCCGGCUCAAAGCAGAUGGUCUUCAGAAACUGCGCGAGGAGUACCUUGGGGCUGACAAGGCCACACGACAGCUGCUGGAGAGGAGGUACGGGAAGAUCACAAUCCAGCAGGCCCUCGAGGAGAGCUUCACUAACGAGUGGCUCAAGGAACACUCCAAGCAGUGCCCCAGCUGUGGGGCUCACAUACAGAAAAUCGAUGGUUGCAACAAGAUGACAUGCAUGAAAUGCCGCGCCUACUUCUGCUGGUUGUGCAACAAUACUCUAUCACGUGCCAACCCGUACCUUCACUACAACUCCUUGAACUCCAAGUGUCACAACAGGCUGUUUGAGGGUGUGGAAAUGGAGGACGGGUUUGAGGAUGACGACGAUGAUGAGGAUGGGUGGGGGUGGUUGUAACUGCGAUGACUUAGUAGCCUGUUAAAUAUUUUUAAAGCUCCACAUAACUUUAAACCACUCAAAUUCAUAUUUUGACCCAUUUAUAGUUACUUAAAUUCAAUUAAAUUUAGGGACUUCUUAAUUGAUAAAAGUUUUGAAGGCUUCAUUUCCAACCCUAAGAUGAUGAGUAGCAAACAGCAUAAAUCCGGAACAGCCUGAGAGUUGCUGUCGUUGCAUUUAGCCAUUUUCAUUUUGCUGAUGAGCCUGAAAAAUUGUACUUACAAAAAAAUGUCAGAUCUAUUUGUCUGUGUGAUUUCCAUGAAUUCUGUUACAAAACGGAUAGUGAUGAUUAAUACUUUGCUAAACAUCUUAGCAAGAUUUAAAAAAACAAGAGCUGUCUCCAUAGGAUGACAUAUGCCCCCGAUAAACGCUUUGAUAGAAAUUAUGAGCAUUUUUCGAAACCUAAAUGCAUUUUUCAAAACCUAAACGCAGACUCUAAGUUCAAGGUCACAGGGGUAAAAAUUUGUAUGCGCAUGGAAAGGUGUUGUCCAUAUACACGUGCAAACCAAAUAUGAAAGCAAUAUCUGAAGUGACAUAGAAGUUUUGAGCAUUUUUCGAAACCUAAACACAAAGUGUGACGGACAGACAGACUGACAAACUGACAGACAGACAGUGCGAUCACUAAAUGCCCUCCUACGGGGGCAUAAAAAAGAACAGUUUUACAUAUUUUAUUAUAAACAGAUCAACACAUGAAAAAUGAAUGUACAUGUAAGGCAUUCACAGAAGUCAUCCUACGCAUAUUAAUGAUAUUAUGUCCUGGUGUUGUAAAGAAAUAAAACUCAUUUACUAAUUUAUGAAAUGUUUUUGUUGUUUCGUGUACUAUUGUAAUAAAAUGUUUGAAACUGUCCUUUUAAAUAUGGGUUAGAUGUUUACUAUGGAAUCUUGUUGUAAGUUUCAUAUUAAAAGAAAUCUUGGUACCAAAAAAAUUCAGUUUAAGUAUUUAAGUUUUAAGUUACCAAAGAACAGCCCUGACAAUGACGGUACUUCUGAUAAUUUUCAUCAUCUAGUUGGUAUUUUUUGUUAGUUUGUUAGUUGAAACUUAUUUGUGAUGUUUAAAAAAUUUACUUUGUUAUUUAAAUUGUGCUGUCAAAAGACAUAAAAAUGUAGUUUACAGAUAUUUUCCAUUGUUUUGAUAAAGGCAUAAUGUCGAAACGUUAAAUUAAAGGAGUAGAAUCAGAGAUUUAUUUGUGAUGGUUUAAAUUGUGGUACAUAAUUACUGAAAAACUGCCAGCCAUUGAAAUUGCAGGAAGUGAACGUUGCCUAAUGUUGUAUUAUACAAUGUAUAUUGUUUUGUACAUUAUAAGGUAUUAUUCUUACAUUUAAAUUUUUGAGUUUAUAAAUAUUCAAAAAGUUAAUGGAUGAAUACUGUAAUUAAUUUUUUAAUAUGCCCCUGCCAUGCUAAUGUCAGAAGGAAAUUUGGUGUUACCCAUGUUCGUGUGUUUGUUUGUGUUGGACGUUGAGUGUCCGACUGCAUACUUUUCUGUACAUAAUCGGAUUUCAAAAUGACUUACCAAAUGAUCAAAAUAUAUAGACAGUGUGUCUCAUGCACCAACUAUGUUGUUUAAUGUAAGGUCAAGGGUCCUUGAAGGACAUCUGCUUUUUCAAAGUUUACAAGUUUAUGUGGUAAAUCUAGCCAAAUGUUUGAAUCUUCUGAGAAUUGGACUAGCCUAGAUGCCUGUAAUUAGAUGAUAGUUCUUGGCGUUAAGCAAUUCUUCAGUCUUAUGAAUAUCUGUAUAAGUCUAAUCUACAAGUUUUAUUUAAAUUCAAAUAUAUAAUGGGCAUAUGUGUGUUGACAAUAAUAUGUUAUCCAUAUUAAUGUAUAAUUAUGUAUGAGACCUAAACUUGUUGUAGGUUGUAUAUUAUUGCUCAUACCAUAUUCCUGUUUAUAGUCUUUCAGUAGCUCAAUAUGAGUCAUCUUAAGUUUUAAAUUCCAUAUUUUUGUUUUAUUAAAUGUAAUUACAUUUUGUGUAUAAAUUAAUAUAUUGUUAACCCUUUAUCACUUAGAUAUUUUUUUGAUGCAUUUGUAGUCCUUUAGAAAGUAAAAUUUAAUUAAAGACCUUUCUUACUAGAUUCAAAUUUUAAAUGCUUCAUUUCCAUCCCUUCAUUUCCAACCAUUUUCACUUUGCUUCUAAGUGGGAAAGGGUUAAACAAAUAUUGUACAUACAAAUGGACUAGUUAGGUAUUUAAGUUUGGUAUAUAAAUGGUUGUGAUAGCAGGAUGAUUUCAUUCUUGUUAGGUUUACAAGAAAUCUGAUUUUACAGUUAAUGUGAACAUGCACAAAUUGUAAAUACUGUUAAAUUGUGGAAUACAGAUAACAUAGUUUUUCCCCGGCACCAAAACCUAAACCACUCAGCAGGCCUCGCUAAUUAUAUAUGUGUUUCAUAACCUGCUUUUUUGUCUAUAGUUAUAAAUGUACACACAUUGUAAACGUUAUUUUAUUUUCAUAUUUAUUUAGAAUCAGUACAUUGAAAUAGAGAUUUUUAUGGUAAAAAUUAGUUUCUCAUAUAGGAUAAUUAAAUUGCAAAAAACAUGUUUCACAUUUAGAUGUAUAGUGGUUUGAAUAGAGUUGUUCUGAAAAUAUUUAUUCACCCAAAGACUUGUUCCAUGUAAUAAAAUCCUUGUUUGAUUAUUUUACUGGUAUGUAAUUCCUGUGGAGUGAGGAAAUUAUAUAUGAGCCGUGCCCUGUGGAAAUUGGGUUUCCAUGCUGGGAAAUUUGUUGUCUGCUAAAAUGUCGUCUGCUGAAUUUCUAAAAUUAGCAUUUUCUUCGAUUUUUUUCAAAGACUAUUAUCAGAAUAGCAAACAGUUUGGAUCCUGAUGAGACGCCACGUUCUGUGGCGUCUCAUCUGGAUCCAAACUGUUUGCAAAGGCCUUCAAAAUUCGGUUCCCGCACUGAAAGGGUUAAUGCACGUUUGAAAGUCCCAGAUUUCUCCCAAUUUCAAGGUCAGUUAUAUCGGAGUAGUUUCCUUUUAUCCCUGUAUGUAUUUCCAUGUUAUUCUCAUGCUUGUAUUUUAUUUUUGAUUUACUAUUUUCUGUUUAAAAACUGCAUAGCUGAGAAGCGUUUGAUAAAAAGCCUUUUUAUGUUGUAUUUAUCAUCUUUAGCUUCAUUUUCUGUGUGUGUGCACUUUUUAUUCAUCAUGGAUGAUAAAUGAUGUAAUCAAAAAACAGCAAAAUAGCACUGGUACUUUCAGGAUGUUGAUGUUAUAUUUUUUCAUCUUGUUUUGAUCAUAUAUGUUAGGCAUUAUUUAUGAUUUGUGAUGUUAAACAUACAUUUAUAACUAUGUAUCUUAUUUAUUAAAUGAGGGUUUUGUAACAGGAAAUUAUUAUUCUGAAUAAAAAAAUAAGCAGUU